UACCCCCCCUCUUGUUGGCCCGCUGGCCCUUCGUGUUUUUCUUGAGUGGUUGUGCUGCACACACACACACACACACACGCACACACACACACACAAAACAUCGGUGUAGAAAGAAGCGAUGAUGCCUCGGCUUACCCUCCUUGAAAGCCGAGAAAGGCACCUGACUGUGUACAUGUUUUCCGAGUUUCAACCUGAAUCGACAGCAAUGACACACGGCGAUGGUGUGAUUUGCAUUGCUCCCCUAGACUGGGUGUCGAUUGCAUGCCCUUUUCUUCAAAGUCCCGAUCGUUGCCUCAGGCUGAGCUGCCUGCUCCCUCUAGGGCCAACAGCAGAAGAGACACAAGAGUACUAAGCGACUGAGUGAGCGGGGAUAAUGAAUGGUUUGUUGACGUCGCUGCUCACCUUGUCUGCCACGAUCGUGUCAAUCUUGGGUGGCGGCUUUCCUGUGAACCAUGGAUGAUUCAGGGCUGUGUCGGCUGCGUUUGCGCACAACAGGACAAGACAAGACAAAACAAGAUGGAAUCUGAUGCCGUCGGUAUCUGACCCAUUGGCCUUUUGCUUGGAUCAUGGGAUCGAAGUAUGGCCCCUGAAAGCGAGAACUGACUGACGACUCGUCCAACCUUUUUCAGUAUUCUUCGCCUCUCCGAAUAUAGCAGCUCAUUGCCGAUGUCAAAGGGAAACUCCCCAUAGAUGAUGGUGAAUCUGCGAAAGGAAGAAGGUGCGAAAAUGGAACCAAACGAGGAGUUCUUAUACGACCUCAUUCCUCACAGGAUCACACCGACGGCAAACAUGUCAGACGCCUUGCUGUACUCGUGAGCAUAGCACUCGGGGGCCUGCAGCAUAAAGUGCGUUUGCGUCGUGAACGUAUCUCUUUGCCAGUCUGUUUGAUUGUGCCUUUGCCUCUUCUAUGUGCCAUGUAAUACGAGGUGCCGGGACAAAUAAUCCCAUUCAUGUCGGGCUUGUAGGUUGUCGGGCUUGAAAUCUCUGUGCACCAGCUGCACACAGAAUGCACACAGGUGGAGAACGUCCCCAGGCCUAUGUGGACGUGUACAUACGCAGAGAGAGAGAGAGAGAGAGACAUGUACAUGUGUUUGUCCCUUAUUUACCGAGCAUAUCUGCGGCGGCCGUGCGAGGUUGCAGGUUCCCAGGCUGAACGUGCACAGGGAGUAUGCUCGUAUGCAGCUGUUUCUGUUGCUGCUGCCCCGCAGCCGCAAACCAUAGAUGCUUCAGUGCAUCCUCCGCUGCAUGUGUGGUGAGUGAUAUGUAGAUCGGCACAGACGUACUCACCGAAUGGGCGGAGACGGGGAUCCAAAGCCAACAGGCGGCUGGCGAGAUCUAUGGCGUCGGUCCACCCGUCGCGAGCGGCGAACUCGGCCCCCUGACAGAAGAGUUGUCUGUCUGAUCAGAUCGACUCUUCCAGAGAACAGACCCGCAUUCUAUGUACCUGGAAGAUCUCUGGAGGUCGAUGCCCUUGCACUUCUCCAUCUUGCACUUCUCCAUGACGACGUAGAAGUCCUUCUCGUGCUCCAGCAGGUCCAGCAAGCCGAUGACGCCGCUGUGGGGCUUCUGGGCGAUGAUAGUAUGGACGUCCUUCAGCAUGGCACUGAGAAGAAACGAACAAGACAGGCACAGUCUCACUAUCUCACCCCCUCUCUGUGUCGAGUCACUCACCACCUGUGUGUCCAACGAGUGAGUCAAGGUUUCUGGGUUUGUGCACCUGAACAAAAGGAGAGACAUGGGGCUUCUCGGUGACGUUCUCGGUGAGGAGUCCCCUGCCGACGUUGACCGUAGUUGUGGAGCCCUCGCUGCACACCCACAGGAUAUUCUCUUUGCAUAUGCGAGUGUAUUCUCUCUCUCACCCCCGUACAGACCUGUCACAUGCACAACGAUUAACUCUCUUUCCUGCAGCUCGAUACUCCCACGUACCCCGGAAAGCUCGUACAGGGGUUCAACCAUCUCGUCGUCACUGAAGGGCAGACAGAUAGAGGCCACACACACGCUUUGGUGGGGACGUUGGGAUGUCCCUUUUGCGCACCUGGAAAGGAGAGGGAAAUAUACAAGCGCCGCGGCUUCUAGUCUCGUUGCCUACCUUCAAACACACUGCCUCCCCUGUACAAGCGCCCUUCUUCUUCUUGCUGUCAGGGCUUGAUGGCUGGAGAGAGACAGACAGACAGACAGACACAUCGACAGGCAGCGACUUGAACUUUUUGGUGGUGAUGCAGAGUGACCUGCGGGCCGCAGAAUUUGUUGAGCUUGUCUUGCAUGAGGUGGGGCCACUUCUUCCCGUAUGCUAAGCAGGACAAACAUGACAUUCUCGAUGAAGACGUUUAUGUCGUGUCUGUCCUCUUACGCAGGUUGAGUGGCUUCCCUGAUUAGCCCACUUCGUUCUUUCCCCUUGAGACUCCGAUUGGAGCCACCCCCGCAGCAGCGUGGUCUUGCCCUUGGCCUGCUGCUGCUGGAGGCGGCUCUGGCCGAUGGCCUCGAGCACCUCUCCAAUGGAGGAGCACCAGGCCCUCUUGCCUAGCGACAAAGAAAUAGGAAGGGGCGGUGCAUUCUCAUGUCUUGCUUCGCAUCAGUAUCCCACCUUUCUUCUUCUUGCCGCCCUGCGCCUCGCCUGAACACAUACAUCAUGGCAGACGCCCACAAAUACUUUCAUGCACACCCCAGCCAUGAAACGAAGACGAAGUGUACAUCAGCUGACCGGUCUGUGAGACAAAGAAUGAAUGUAUACAGGACCAUGAUGGCGCGUGAAUGCUGCCUUUUCAUACCCUGCUGGGGUGGGUCAGCCGGUCCUGGCCCACCCUCUGCAAACACGCAUACGCACACACACUCAUACGCACAAUGGAGACCGUCUUUCUGUCGUUUUCUUCCUCCCUACUCACCGUCGUCGCACUCCUCGCCCUCGCCUGAGCGGAACGAAACAAAUCAAUCACAGCACGACACAAUCACGUGCAGUGACAGACAAUCAAGGCGCCUACCUCGAGGUCGGCCGCACAUCUGGCACUCGGUGCCAUGCGGCGGCGUAUAGAAGUCGCCAACGCGACACUUCCAGAAGCCGGGCAAGUUGAGCUACAUCAAUGAAUGGCUGCUUAUCGACGAAGGCCUCAAAUCAUUUUUUCAUUGAUAGUGUCAGGUGAGAUUCAUUUUUUCUCUUCCUGAAGCAAAGAGAAGUGGGAAAGGAAACGGAGAAGUCCUGUGAAUCACCGGUGGAUAAGCGGUGAAGCGCUUACCUUCUUCUCGGGGCAGAAUUUCGCCACGAGGCGUUCAAUCAAUGAAGUCGUUGUCUCCGAGGGCUCUGAAGGCAAAGCGGGUGCAGACAAGCAAAGCCAACCAUGCACGGUCGCUUACGGAGGCUUCCUUCUUUUCCCUGGCUGUCCCACAUCCGGGCCUGGCCCGCCAGUUGCGUCUUGAGCCGGUCCGAGUUCACCUUUUCUCCCUUCUGUUUCUUGAUGUUCUCCCCGAAUGCUUCCAAGAACUCCUCAGGCCGUGGCAGCCGGCCGCCCGGUGCCCUGUGCGUGCAUCAAUGGAAUGGAACAUGACGUCGGCUUUGUAUCGCUUACCCCCCCUCUUGUUGGCCCGCUGGCCCUUCGUGUUCUUCUUUAGUGGUUUUUAGUGGUUGUACUGCACAGAAACAAAACCACACACACACACACGCACAAACAUCGGUGCAGAAAGAAGCGAUGAGGCCCCGGCUUACCUUCCUUGAACUCUGAGAAGGGCACCUGACUGUCUGCUCUCCGCAGGCCUCCUCUUUCUUUUUGCACCGCCAU